AUGGAGGAUAGUGAUAAGGUUAGUGAUUAUUUCACUAAAAUUCUGAGUAUUACUAACCAGAUGAAGAGAUGUGGCGAGUCCAUUAAUGAUUUCAUGAUAGUUGAAAGGAUUAUGCGGUCUCUACCUCAGCGGUUAGAUUACAUUGUUGUGGCUAUUGAAGAAUCAAAAGAUACAGAGAAGAUGAAGAUUGAGGAACUACAAAGUUCCUUAGAGGUACAUGAAAUGAGAUUGGUAGACCGAAAUCCCAUAAAGAAUGAUGAGCAAGCACUCAAGGCACUGCAUGUUAGAAGUGAAGAGAAAAAGAAGUUCAAGAAGUGGAAAGGAAAACCAGCAAGAGGAAAAUGGAAAAAUGAGUAUAGUGUAAAUGAGCAAGAUGGAAAAGUUGAAUGUUCUGAAGGCAAGAGUGGCUCUGAAAAGAACAUAAAGAAGAAAGAUAUAAGGAAUGUAGAAUGCUUUAGUUGCCACAAGAUGGAGCAUUACUCAUUUGAAUGUUACUCAAAUAAAGGUAAACAUAAGAAGAAACAACAAAACAAGGAGGCGUAUCUAGCUCAAGAGGACUCUGACUCAGAACCAUUGACACUGAUGGUGACAACAACAACUGAUAAUUCACAUUCAUUUAUGAAAUCGUGGUAUUUGGACUCGGGGUGCUCAAAUCACAUGACAUGCAACAAGGAGUGGCUGGUCAGAUUAGAUGAAUCAAAGAAGAGUAGGGUCAGAUUCGCAGAUAACAACACACUCCAGGUUGAAGGAAUGGGAAAUGUGGUUAUACGUAGAAAAGAUGGCUCACAUGCUAUCAUAGAAGAUGUUCUACUUGUUCUAGCAAUGAAAUGCAAUCUUCUUAGUCUUGGACAACUUGUUGAGAAAGGAUUUACAGUUGUUAUGGGAGGCUGUGAUCAAGUAGAAGUGUUUGACAAAAAUAAAGUGUUGAUCUUGAGAAGCAAGAUUUCUAAAAAUCGAACAUUUCAAGUGUGUAUGGAUGCAGUAGGAAGCUGGCAUUGUUUGUCUACUGUAAAAGAUGAUGAGACCUAG